AUGCCCAUGUUAAAAAUGGCGCAACCGCAGCCGCAGCAAACUGCGUUUAAGUUUGAUCCCCCAAGCUCGGCUUCAUCGGACAGCAGUGGUGAUGAUCCAGAAGUGGACCCUGAUGCCUUCUUGCUCCACAAUAGACCGUCCUCACCCGAUAUCAAACAAAAACUGCCUGUGCCCCCAAAAAGUCCCACGAAAGGGGCACUGCAGAAGAAACGGGGUCGCUCAGCUAGCAGUACCUCCAAAGGCAAUAGGGUGGUACAUUCUGGCAUUCGUACCCUGUACACGGCGGGCCGCCCCCCGUGGUAUGACAGCCAUGGUCAGCUGACAGAUGCCUAUGUCAUAGGAUUGUGUGGAGGUAGUGCUUCUGGGAAGACCACAGUAGCCAGGAAGAUCAUCGAGGACCUGGAUGUGCCCUGGGUCAGUGUCCUCAGUAUGGACUCUUUUUACAAGGUGCUCACUCCAGAACAGCAUAAUCUAGCUGCUAAGAAUGAGUACAACUUCGACCAUCCCGAUGCGUUUGAUUUUGACCUGAUGCUACACACACUGAAGAGGUUGAAGGAAGGAAAGAAAGUCGAGGUGCCGGUGUACAAUUUCACAACACACAAACGAGACAAAGAGAAGAAAAUCAUCUAUGGUGCUAAUGUUGUGAUCUUUGAAGGAAUCAUGGCCUUUGUGAACAAGGAGCUGCUGUCUCUGAUGGAUACAAAGAUAUUCGUAGACACAGACUCUGACAUCCGAUUGGCUCGCCGAUUAAAGCGUGACAUCUCAGAGAGAGGCCGCGGUCUGGAAGGUGUCCUCAAACAGUACCAAACCUUCGUCAAGCCCGCCUUUGAACAUUACAUCGCCCCAACCAUGUGUCAUGCUGAUAUCAUUGUGCCUAGAGGUGGUGAAAAUGAAAUUGCCCUCAAUGUGAUUGUACUGCAUAUCCAUACACAGCUGCAGAAGCGAGGUUUCAAACUGCGCUCCAAACUGGCCUCCUCUCACAAUGGCCACCCAAUGCCCAACACGCUGUACGUGCUGGAGAAAUCUAAACAGGUACAGGGGCUACAUACAUUAAUCAGGAAUAAAGAUACGUCUCGAGAUGAGUUUGUCUUCUACUCCAAGCGGCUGAUGAGACUGCUGAUAGAGAGAGCUUUAUCCAUGCUACCUCACAAGACAGUGGUGGUAGAAACACCACAAGGUGUUCCAUAUGAAGGCAGGAGACUGGAUGUCAAAAAGAUCUGUGGGGUGUCCAUCUUGAGGGCAGGGGAGACCAUGGAGCCUGCCCUGUGUGAGGUGAUGAAGGAUGUGAGGGUUGGAAAGAUUCUGAUACAGACCAAUCACGACACAGGAGAGCCGGAGCUCCAUUACAUCAAACUACCCAAGGACAUGAAGGAACAUCAUAUCAUGCUGAUGGACGCUACUGUGGCAACUGGAGCCGCGUCCAUGAUGGCAAUACGUGUGUUACUGGACCAUGAUGUGCCCGAGGAGAAUAUCACACUACUCAGUCUACUGAUGGCAGAGUCAGGUGUCCACACAAUUGCCUAUGCCUUUCCCAAGGUAAAGAUUGUCACUACAGAUGUUGACAAGGAAGUCAAUGACAAAUUCCACAUUCUACCUGGAAUAGGUAACUUUGGCGACCGCUAUUUUGGCACAGAUGCCUCUCCAGAAGCAGAACCCUGAAAAGCCAGUUUCUUAUUGCACACCUUACAGACUCAUUCUUGUCAUGUUCGAAUAGAGCGUGUUCUGCAUUAUGGUAAUCCAGUACAAAUGCUUCCAGUUACUCAUGAUUUAUGAUCAUGUUUAUGA